ACGGAGUGACACGGGGUGGCCAAAGCCACCGGCACCGGGGGAGCAGCAGCACCGGUAACGCCAUGACAGCGGGUGACAGCGACAGCCCAUGCAGUGACACCGGGUGACAGCGACAGCCCGUGCAGUGACACCGGGUGACCGGAGCCAUCCCAUAGCCCAUGCAGUGACACCGGGUGACCGGAGCCACCCCAUAGCCCAUGCAGUGACACCGGGUGACUGGAGCCACCCCAUAGCCCAUGCAGUGACACCAGUGAGCAGCCGGCCCAGCGCACACCGUGACACUGGUGACCGCAUCCACCCAGUGCAAACGCACCCGAUGCCAGCGAUGCCACAUCCUCACCGUGACCCCAGAGGUCAGAGCCUGGCACCCAUGGCAGGCACCGGUGCCCGGGGGCUCCUCCUGUGCGUGGCUCUGGUGACCGCGGUGGCACCGCCGGGUGUGUGGUGUGUGAUCUGCCCCCCGCGCUGCAUCUGCGCCUCCAACAUCCUGAGCUGCUCCCAGGCGGUGCUGAGCGCGGUGCCGGCACCACUACCGCGCUUCACGGCGGUGCUGGACCUGAGCCACAACAACGUGAGCCGGCUGCGUGCCGACUGGGCCCCGGUGCGCCUGGCACACCUGCACGCGCUGCUGCUCAGCCACAACGGGCUCUCCUUCGUGUCCACCGAAGCCUUCACCCACGUCCCUCACCUGCGUCACCUGGACCUGUCCUCCAACCGCCUGCGCGCGCUGGACGAGAACCUGUUCAGCGACCUGGCCGAGCUCGAGGUGUUGCUGCUCUACAACAACGAGAUCUCCACUGUGGACCGCACGGCCUUCGAGAACCUCAACCGCCUGCGCAAGCUGUACCUGGGCCAGAACCGCAUCACCCGCUUCCCGCUGGAGCUGCUGCGCGACGGCAGCCGCCUGCCCCAGCUCGCCCUGCUCGACCUGUCGGCCAACCGCCUGCGCCACGUGCCCGUGGGUGAGCUACAGGCGCUGCCCGCCUGGCUCCGCGACCGCCUGUACCUGCACGGCAACCCCUUGGCCUGCGACUGUGCCUUGUUCCAGCUCGUGGCCCGCGGCCGCCGCCGCCGCCUCAGUGCUGUUGUGGACUUCCAGGAUGAGCUGCGGUGUUCGAUACAGUCGGCACCGGCGCCUGUUGCCAUCCUGGCGCUGGCAGGACGGGCACCGCUCAACUGCAGCGAGGCGCGGGAGGCGGUGCUGGAGGCGCACGUGGGGGACACGGUGACGUUGAGCUGUGACACGCGGGUGCGCGGGGCAAGGAGCCGGCUCUGGGUGACGCCGGCGGGUGAGCGGGUGCCGCAGGACGGGGGUAACGGGAGCGCGGUGUUGUUGGCCAACGGGAGCCUGCAGGUGCGGGCGCUGCGGGCCGAGGAUGCCGGUACCUACGCCUGUUGGGUGGCGGGGCCGGUGCUCAACGAGACGCUGUACGUGGAGCUGGUGGUGCACAACUACACCCUGCACGGGCCCCACGACACCCUCAACACCGCCUACACCACGCUCGUGGGCUGUAUCCUCAGCGUGGUGCUGGUGCUCAUCUACCUGUACCUCACCCCGUGCCGCUGCUGCUGCUGCCGCACCACCGACAAGGCCCCCGCACCCCGCGACGACAGCAUCAACUCAUCAGUGCUCAGUGCCACCCCCAACCAUGCCACCAAUGGGGCCGGGGGGGAGAUGGGGGGGUCCCGAUCCGCAUCCGGUGCCAGCAUGGGGCACAAUGGGAGGUUCAGAGCGGGGGGGGACACCGCAGGGACCCCCCCGGCACGGCCCCAGGGCCAGAGGAAGGUGUCGGAUCCGGACUCGGUCAGCUCCGUCUUCUCCGACACCCCCAUUGUGGUGUAGGGAUGGGGACACCCCAAGUCCAUCCCGCUCCCGUCUGUCCCCCCCAUCCAAUGGAUGCGCUGCAGGCAAGGGGGGGGCAACCAGGACCCCCAUUGCCAUCACCUCCCCACCGGCCUCCGUGGGACCAUAAGGGACAAUGGGGGGCUC